UGCGUAUGUUGAAUGUUGCUGGUACUGUAGGAUAAUGAUAGCUUCUCCGAUACAGUGCUGAUUUCAUUUUGUCACGUGUGUACAAGAUAAAAAGUACGGAGUUUGAACUGUUGAAAGCUAUUAUAUCGAGUGGUUUUGUCCCGAGGAAGAAAUAUACUGUUUGAUAUCUUAUUUAAUGAUACGGUUGGAAGAAUGAUAAAACACUCUAAUCUUGUUAUAUUUAACAGAAAACAGCGCAAACAGGGAUGUGUGGUAUGACGGUCUGACCAACCACCGACAAAAACAGUGAUUUAGCACACAGCCAUUGCCUCAAGGUGUUAUACUGAUCAGUGUCUAAUAUUACACAAUCAUUAAUUGGAAUCAUAAAAAAAUGUCGGAUUUUAGAAAGAGUUACAAAUAGUCACAUGAAAAUUGUAUUUCGUGAAUUAUUCAGAUUGGAUUUGAAAAUGAUUGGAUGAAGAACAAAGUAUGAAGCACUUUUGGACAGUAUGGAUGUUGUUAAUAAAUUUAGCUUUAAGUACAUCAGAUGUUGUGUAUCAUGUUCCGGAAGAACAGAGUGCAGGAAUUUUCAUAGGAAAUAUUGCAUUCGAUUCAAGCUUAAAUGUUAAUAUGAGUGAUGAGGAUUUUCGGACGUUGAGAUAUAGUUUUUUGACUGGCGACAGUCAGGUGCGUUCGAUGUUCACACUUAAUCAGUCAACUGGGAAUUUGUACACAACAGAUAAAAUCGACAGGGAAACAGUUUGUCAAUAUUUAGAAUCAUGCUUAUUUUCAUUUCAAACGGCAGCACAAUCUACAAUCAAAAGUUUCUUCAAGAAAAUAACAGUCAACAUUUUCAUAGAUGAUAUUAACGAUCAUUCACCUCGUUUUGAUUCCACCAAAAUCGACCUUGAAAUAAGUGAGUCUGUUCUCGUUGGUACAGCAUUUAACAUUAACGGAGCAAAAGACCUAGAUACCAGUCCAAGUUACUCCCUACAAAAACACAUACUGGAACCAGAUAAUCUUCCAUUUUCUCUAAUAUCAAUCAAAAAUUUAGAUGGAACUUCUGUUGUAAGAUUAAUAGUCGGAGGGCCGUUAGACCGAGAAAUUCGCAAUUCAUAUCAACUCAAAAUUAUUGCCCAAGACGGUGGUCUUCCAAUUCGAAGUGCUGAAUUACAUGUGAAUGUGUCGAUUCUUGAUGAAAACGACAAUGCACCAAUGCUUAGCAAUUCAAUUUAUAACGUUACAGUGAAAGAAGGAGUAAGUCCCGGCUAUGUUGUAUUGAAGUUACAGGCUUAUGAUCUUGAUUUAGGGCGAAAUGCAGAAGUUCGUUACGUUUUAAGCCCUGUUCAGUCUGACACUAUUAAAAGCUUGUUUUCUGUCAAUGCAACGUCAGGUGAACUUUAUGUGCUUAGUUCUUUGUCUCACGGCACAUACAAAAUUAUUGUAGAAGUUAGUGACAUGGGUCAACAGCCUCUAACGACACAAACGCAUGUUUUUGUAACGAUCGAAGAUACCGGAAACAAUCCUCCAAAAAUUCAUGUAAAUCUCCUGAGCGCUGGUGAUGUGGCCAGUAUAUCAGAGGGUGCCACCAUGGGACAAGCAGUGGCGCAUAUCGUCGUGGAAGAUCAUGAUUCUGGAAAUAAUGGAAUUGUAGCAUGUUUACUGAAUACCAAAUAUUUCAAUUUACAAGGACUGGACAUAAAUGAGUUUAAAGUUAUCGUAGUAGAGCCGCUCGACAGAGAAAAAUCUCCCUCACACUUAAUAACAGUGACUUGUCGUGAUGCGGGGUAUCCACCGCUCAGCUUCAGUCGAGCAUUUUCAGUUGAAAUUUUGGAUGUAAAUGACAAUCCCCCUAUUUUUAGUAUGAAUGUUUAUUCUGCUUCCAUAGCAGAAAAUAAUGCUGUCGGGGACUCCAUAAUUCAGGUUGUCGCAAAUGACGAUGAUAUUGAUAAAAAUGCACAUGUUCGGUACAUGAUACCGCAAAUCAACAGUUCUCUGGUUCAAAUCGAAUCAGAGACAGGUCUUGUUCGAACUAACGUUGUAUUCGACAGGGAACUUAUGCCAAAUGGAUUUACGUUUAGUGUAAUCGCCUUCGAUGGUGGCAGUCCUGCGCUCUACGGAACUGCAACUGUUUCGGUUAAAAUAAAUGAUGUCAAUGACCAUACACCAGAAUUCGCAGAGAAUUUAUUUAUAUUCAUUGUUGAAGAAAACGUUAAGUUAGGCUCAAGGAUUGGGAGCCUAACUGCAUUUGAUCGUGAUGAAGGUGAUAAUGGGAAAGUAGUAUUUUCCUCCGGAAGUGAUACAAUAUCGUCACCGUUUGUACUCUACUCUGAUGGUAAAAUUAAAACAGCGAAACCUAUAGAUAGGGAAGUAACUAAAUCGUAUAACUUUACAGUAACAGCAUCGGAUCUAGGAAGUCCAGCACGCAGUAGUACAGCACGUAUUAACAUUUUCAUCGCUGACCAAAAUGAUAAUUCACCUAUUCUCUUAUUUCCAACGACAAAUAAUAAGACAGUUAGAAUCCCAAAGACUGCUUUACCAGGUACUGUUGUUUCAAGGAUACGUGCGGUCGAUCCAGACGAAGGCAUGAACGGAUCACUUGAAUACUUAAUUGAUAGCAGAAAUGAUUCCGGUGUUUUCCUUAUAUACCCACAAUUAGGAGAUAUAGUUCUCCAGAAGAGUGUGGGACAUCUAUCUGGCAAGAAAUUUAUCUUGAGUUUGAUCAUUUCUGACCGAGGUAUUCCGAAAAUGUCUAGUUAUGGCAAUCUAGAAAUUAUAAUCGGGAGGGAAGACACUUCCGGUCUGCAGACUAACAUCGUGAUUGUUGUUGCACUUGUCGGUGCUACAGUAAUAACGUCAGCUUGUAUAGUUGUCGCUAUUUGUAUCGUUCGAAGACUUGAUUUUCAUAGAAGAAAUUCCAAAAAUAAACAAAUUGCUCAGGUUAGCAAUUCUACAAAUUCAAACAAUGUGUUGAUAAAUGACAAUGGUGCUACAGACGAUCAGAAUUCAGAAAAUGAACGAAAAAAGAAGGAAGUUACUUUUGCUUUUCAUGUUAUUGAUAACCCUCAAAAUCAGAUGAGAUUUGAAACAAGAACCAACAUCAAUGGCCCUGUUGGAACUUAUGGGGACACCCUUAACCAAAAAAUAUUAAGACAUCAAGAAGACAAUAAUAGCGAGACAUCAGGAGAAACAAACACAAGUGACAGUGGCAGGGGACUAAGUGACGAUGAAAUCAAUUUACAAAAAGGGAAGGAUCGGCGUAGACAAACAACCAACAUCCAUCUGCAUCCUAACUUAAAGACGUCACAUCCGUUUUUUCAUGAUGGUCGAGUACCUAUAUCGCCAAUAGAUCAUCCAAAACGACUUAAAUUUUCAUUCGACCAAAAUGCAACUCCUAGUCCAAAUAAGGAGAUGGAAAUCAUAGGAAAUACAUUUUACUAUCAUCCAAAAUCACCGUCGUUUGAAGAGGAUAGUGGAUCUACUUCCGGUAUACACACAAUUGAUGAAGAUGUCCAUAGUGUUCAUUUCGCGAAUAAUGUCGUCUGAUAGAUAAUCAAAAUAAUUCCAAAAUGUAUCUGUGAUAUAUAAAUUUAUUCAUAACUAUUUCAUUAAUUUAACUAACAGUAACACAAACAUAUAGUUUCAUUUGCUUUUGUCAUAGUUUUAUGAGGUUAUCCGAUUUCCACAGCAACUUGCGACAAAGAGCGUCCGUAAUAUGAAGAGGAAACGUGCAAACCACAAAUCAAGUGCACGAUUAAAAGACCAAACAGCUAUCAGAAAAAAAAGAAGUAGAUAUACAAGUUUUAAAGUUUGAUGUACAGAAAUUUUGAUGCUGGACAUUAACUAGAUGAUACCCAGACACCAAAGACACCAAAAACAUCGAAUGUGUUCAUACCGUACAAUGUGAUGUUGAUAUAUUUUAUGGAAGUAGAUAUGUGUCUGUUGUAGUCACAACCCUGACAAGAUCAUGUUGGAAACUAGAUUUACUAAGAAGCACCCUGUUUUUUUCAUUAUGGAUAAAACUCAAGACUGGUGUUUUUUAAUAUGAUAUAUGUUGAACUUGGUAAUUGAAUUCUUGGCUGAGUGUAUUCAGUACAGAAACUACCUCUAUGUACCUAAAUACUCCUGUAACUGGUCUUCCCUCUCAUACAUAAGUAUUAAUACAAUCUAUGCAAAAGUUGUCAAGGUUUAAACACCUUCGUAAUCCAAAUCAUUGUUUUAGUGUUCAAUUUUGUGUUUCAUCAUUUAUAUUCCGUCCAUGUCAUUAAAUUUAUAUGUCAUUUUCAUCAUAUGUUCUAAUACCGUAAUUGUUAUGAUUUUUUUUCAGUUAUUGACAAAUGAUGUCCUUGUUCAUCACCAAGUUAUCUACUAGAAUUAUAUGACCAUACUGAAAAUCACCGCUAGUGGUGAUACAUAGUGCACAACAAUUAUAUCAUUGCCUUGCAGUAUUACUCAGAAUAUGUUAUACUAGAAAACUUAAGUGGACUACAAUCUAAUUAAAAUACAGAUCAUGUAUACACACUUCUCUUACAUGGGAUCUUUAUAACCGAAGUGUGGAUGCAGGGUUUGUAUUUCAAUCAACUUGAAGUAGACCACGAAUCACAGUUUCGUCAUGACAUUCAUUUACACCGCUCUUAAACUUCAAAAUUAUCAAAAUAAGCAGUAUAUUGCCUUUGUUUCAGACAGUCGAUCUUUUAUUGGCUUCAAAAAGUACGUUCAAUAAAUUGACAGUUUUGUGAGGUAUUAAGUCACAGGGUAAUGUUUGUAUUUUGCAGUUCAAAUGAUUUUUUUUCUUUUGCAUCAAGUGAUAUUAAUUAUCCUGGGACUCUUUUAAUUGCCAGAGGACAGCAAUUGAUAAAGCAAAAACCGACACUGUAUUAAUCAUACACAAAUGGGAAGACUUCAUCAAUCUUCCCCGAGUUUCUUUGGACACAAUAUUAAUCGCCACCGGAAUAGGACAGAUUUAAUUUUCCUGUAUUUCUCUAUUGAUUAACAGCUAUUAGUCAUGUCGAGUUUACAUUGCUGACCCUUCGUACUUAAAACGGCGAUAAAAAAGAACUGGAAGCAACAAAGAUGAGUCAAAGUAAAGAUUGGAACAAUCUUGUCUUUUUGUAUCGGUUUCCCUAUCUUUGUGUGAAGAUCAUCGGAUAGCAUUAUCUGGAUGAUAUCAUCUGUUGCUCACCUACAUCAGGAUGAUAUCAUCUGGUGCUCACCUACAUCAGGAUGAUAUCAUCUGUUGCUCACCUACAUCAGAAAUAAAAUCGUUAUGAGAUAUUGGAUGGGUCUUUGUUUUGGAAUAAAAAAAAAACAAAUAACCUCGUUAUAAUUGUUUCGAUAGAAAUUUCUUGCUUAAAUCUAUACCGAUUUCCGACAUUUAAAAAACGCGGGAUAUAACGUAUUGGUAUAGUAUUCCUGGUCUGUAUAUAAAGCCCGUGUCGAUAUUUUUUUUUUUUAUUUUCGUAAAGGGAAAUUAAUGAAGUUGUUGCUUUAGAUGUUAAAACGAUUUCCAAGGGAACAACAUGUUUUUUACAUCAUAUUAUUAGUCUCGGGUGAUAUUUUUAAGCAUAUCUGAGAUGAGUUGCACUCAUCUGACGGAUACUCUUUCAAUGACUGCGUUCAGCCUUCUACGUUCAACUAAAAAAAUGAUUUACAGACGAGUGUCGAUAGUACCUAGAAUUUUAAGUGUAAAUUAAAGCCUUCUCUAAUAAAACAAAAGAAAGAUCGCCAUACUGACUCCGUCAUUUUUGUUGUUAGAAAGUAUGAGCAAGUUCUGAAGUAAGGCAAAUAUAUAAAGAGACGUUGAUAUUGUUUCGUACUUUUGUAUGUUUUGUGUUGUUUCACAUCGUUUUCUUAAAUUAUAUUCUAACAUUUUUCAUGUCAAAUUUAACAUUAAUAUAAACUCAGCCAACACUAAAUACUUGCCAAGGGCUGUGCAAUAUAUAUGUAACAAAAUAAUGAGAUAUUAAUAAAAUAAUAAAGACAUGAUUUGUAAA